GCGUUGCACCGCACGCUGGCCAACCACGAACGAGAAGAUGCGGCCGCACUGUCGUGGCCGUCCUUGAGCCGCUAUCGCCUCUCCACCCACAUGGUGGCCGCUUUGCGAGUGGACAGGCGGGACCAGCAUCGCGUCCGCGAACGCCACUACCUGUUGGCCAAUAUGUCUGUCGACGCGGGCGCGGCUACGCGCGAAUUAUACAUACUAUUGCUCGGCGCGCGCUCGCGGUGCCGUUGUUCUCUGGCAUCUUCUUCUCCCUCCCUCCCGAGCUCCCUACCACGCCGCAGCUUCGUCGACCGAAGCGCUUCAUUUCUAUCACCGAGCUGUUGAUCAGCCAGGGUUAUUGCCCACUAAUUCCAUCUGCAUUCCUUCCCUGUUAAUAGUUUAUCUUUUGACCGCCCCCAAGACCCAAGUUCGGAUUCCCAGUAUACAAAUUCUUUAAUUUUAGCACGAGGCGGAGCUCACAUCAGCCCAAUAUACAAUAUGCCAGAGAUACUUCCCACUGCAGUGUACGCAUCUGCAGCCAUUGGCACUGCCGACUUCGCUCAAUACCCCGUGUCUCCGCUGGACGAGAGACACACUCUUAAUGUCGUCGAUGACGACUCAACCAUCCCACGGUACUACUUCACGCCAAGGUUUUCCACCACCUCGACAUAUCAGCCCAGUGCCGACUCCCCUAAGAGUUGCCGGGACUUUGCUCUUCCAAAGGCACCUGCACCACUGCUCGAGAUGAUGAAGCCGUCACCUGUCCCGUCGCCUAGAUAUGCCUACCCCUCCUCAACGUACCCUGCCUCGUACCGCGCAAGCAGGGCAGACAGUGACUUCGACUCGCUGUACGACAUCACAGACGACGAAGCAGAAGUACCUCUGCAUGCAUCAGCUUCGGUCAAGAAGAUUGCGCGCACAAGUCGCAGUCGCUAUCCUUCCCUCAUCAUCCCCUCGCCUUCCGCUUGGCCGACAAUAGAGAAGCUCAAGAGCGCGAUAUCAGCGCAACCACAUACGCCAUCUCAACUGCUCACUCCAUCGAAACAAGCCUUGUCAUUGAUCACGUCGCAUAACCUAUCGGUACCGGCCCGCUCGGCCGCCCCCUCCCUGGACGGAAGUCUGACUUCAGAAGAGAUGGACAAGCUGAGCUGCCCUUCCACGCCCGAGACCCACAAGCGCGAAAGUAUCGGUAGUGUGGACUCAUGGGCGCCUGUACAGCUGGACAACCAAGCAUUGGAGACCCUACGUCACCUGUCUCGGUCACGAGAUUCGUCAAGAGGUUCAUCACCAGAGCGAUCGCCAUCGCGCGGGAACGAUGGUAGUGAAGGUGAGAUGAGAGAGGUUCGUCCCAUGCUGAACCUGAGGAUUCCCUCCGGUAUCGUGCAGACUUCGUCUGGCAACACACCGGUGUCAGCACUUUCAGUGCCUUCGCCUGGUGGGUUCUUCUCGUCACUCCAGUCUACUGCUCGGCAUACUUGGAGCCUACCGAAACGUGACGAGUCCAUUCCAAACACUUCUACGGCCGAGAAAUUCUACUCAUUGCCAUGGGCAUUCAAGCGAAGUCCUAUUGCCCAGCGUGCCAUUACAUUGGCAGGCUCGACACUUGACGGCUACAAUGACGGUCUACCGACCUCAAGACCUGUCAUGCUUGUUGAAGCUGAAGAAGCAGUGGAAGUCUCUGAGAUCCACCCAGCUAAGACGAUUUUUCAGUACAACGAGAAUUACCAUGUGGAGCUGCAGAAGCUUUCAUCCGCCAACAUCGAACGCACAGGCCAUUGGCUAGAGGAGCAAGAAGAGUUACAAGCUGCACUCCGAGACAUGGACAUCAUCGGCUCACCCAGUCUGUCCACCGGUACACACAGCCGUGGUAAUUCAAUCGAUAAGGCAAUCAAGAAGUCAGUCAAAUUCGCUGAAGAGCCGCUCAAGUCGCCCACAGAAGAGGAAGAGCCAAAGAAAAUCAUCACGUACGUCCAGGGCUUUGAGUUCCUUCGACAGCGAACUCGAAGGAUGGACGUCUACAUCCAUCGUCAGACCCGUGCAGAGGCGAUGCAUGUCCACAGGCGAUGCAACCCGAAGUCCCACCAGGACCAGCUGCUGGGCAAGUUCGAACUCACCAACCCAGUACGGCCAGCUCCGCCACGACCUGUCUCGGAGUUCUACGUCAACGACCCGACUGUGUUGAAAGAGCGCAUCGCCCGCGCUCAGAUGGAGCGUCAAGCCCUCGACCAAAUGCUGCCAAUAUGUUGGGUCCUCCAAGCACUUCGACAACUCAACGGAGGAAGGCUGCUCAGCAAAUAUGCUGCACGGCUUGUCCGCCGGACCAGUGUACCCAAGAUUCUUGAUGUGGGCGGCGUGGCAACCAACGAUUGGGCAUGGGAUGUAGCCUACGACUACCCCUACGCAACCGUUACGACUGUCUACACUGCCGGCAACAACCUGACUUCCAACGUCACCGGCCCAUCCAAUCACAAGCAAACGACGGUGCCCAACCUCUGGACGCUGCCAUUCCCUAGCGGUCACUUCGACGUCGUCUCUGCCCGCACUCUCCACGAGCUCCUCAAGACCGACAAGCCCCUUGGCCGCUCACUGGACGAGUACGACCUGUGUCUAAAAGAGUGCUUCCGGUGCCUCAAACCCGGCGGCAUCCUCGAGUUCUCACUCCUCGACGCAGACAUUAUUCAUGCGGGGCGCCACGCGCAAGCCCUUGGUGUCGAGUUCGGCUUCAACCUCAAGACUCGCGGGUACGACGCCGCGCCCACAAAGUCCUUCCUGCCGCGUCUUCGCAAGGCUGGCUUCCGCGAAGUGCACAGGACGUGGAUGGUUCUUCCUAUGGGCAAGACGGCGGCGAACUGGAAAGACACGCUUCCCGUACUGCCUGCCAAGGCGGCUACGGAGCGGAGUAUCAGUCCCGAGGGCGAGGUCGUGGAGUCGGAGGCCCCGGUGUGGGGUACCACUGUAGAUGCGGCGAUGAUGACGGGAAUCGUCGGGAGUUGGUAUUGGGAGAAGUGGAUGUUGAGGCUGCAGGUUGAGAUGGGGAAGGAGGAAGAGAGAUUAUUGGAGGGAGUAGUGCAGGUGCUUGAGGAAGGUGCAGAGGCAGGCAGCGGGUGGCGGUAUCUGACCGGUUUCGCAAGGAAGUAGAUAUCCUCACCGUGUGGAAAGAGGGUGGCAUGUGUUCAAUUUGGCUUGGUUUAUAAGGUCUUCGCACUUUAGCAUGGUGUUUGUCGGCUUGCUUUGAGUCUUGGGUCUGGGUGGGGUGGUUGAGGUCGAUACCCUCUUGUAUGCAUAGCGACAUUAGGAGAUGUGCGGCAUAGAGGACGGUACCGUGGUGGUGUGCGUUUCUUUUGUUGGUGCUGGGUAGUAAAUAGCUCAGUCGAUGGUGAGGGAUCGCGUAUCUUUGCAAUCCGCGAUGCAUCGCCAACAGAGACAUAGUUCAGCAGCAAUGAGAUUGACAUGCGCACAUGGGGA